CUCUUGGAUGGCUCAUACAGAGUUUAUAUUACUGAGGCGGCUGCGACUUUUGCUAUAUACUCCGACAAGGUGAAGUUAAAUAUUUUCAACGGGAAAGAAUCGCGCGCUUGUACAGCUAUGAAUUAUGAAAAAGAGGAAGCAAUGAGAAAAGGGAACUAGAAUAUUUUGUCUUUCGAAAUAUUUUCAUAUUUUCAGUCGUUCUGUCAGAUGAGUUUACUUCCGAGAUUAUUUUUUCGAUGAGCUCUAGCACGGAUUUUCCACGCCUUCCCUCUCUUUAGAAACACGGACUUUCAUUUUGCGCGUUGUGGAUCAUAUCACCUUAGAUAAAGUUUGCGAACUUAAUUUACCAAAAUACAGGACUAGAUUGUUACGUUGGGUUUGUGAAAUUGCUAGCUGACUGGCUAGCACGUCCCGGAAGAAGCGAGAAGAGGUGACUAAUCACAAACAGGCAGUGAAGUGUGCCCUUGACAGCUGUAGGUGAGAGAUGGGUGACUGGAAUAUGGGUCUGGGAACCCUGAGAGAGAGCGUACUUAGCAAACUGGCAGAUUUGCUGGACAACCCAAAUUGUGGCUGGAGACAACUGGCAGAUGCUGUCAAUAAGCAGCCCCAAUUUCGAUGCAGUGAAAAAGAGCUGAUUGGCUGCUCUGUCCAGGUGCUUAGCGCCAGGGGCAGCCCCAGCCGCCUACUGCUGGCCAAGCUGGCCGACCGCGCCUGUUCCCUGGGUUUUCUGCUGCAAUGCCUGAAGAAGAUUGAGCACCGGGAGGCUGUGCAGUACCUCACCACUAUAGUGAUGGAGCAAAUCCGGAUUACAGUGCAGCCGCAAUCCCAGCUGGUACCAGAAGGGGACAGAGUGGUGCUCCGCUGUCAGGCCAUUGGUUUCCCAGUUCUGGGGUACCAGUGGUUCAAAGGAAAAGAAGAGGUGCCACAUGGCAGUGCCCCAGAUCUGAUCCUAAACCAUAUCAGUCCGAAUCAGCAGGGAUACUACAUCUGCCGUGUGAACCACGGCGAUAGCUUUGUCUUCUCCCAGUGGGCCCAGGUCAGCGUGGCCAUGCCCGGGAACUCCCGCUCAGGGAGUGGACUGUGCAUUAUCCAGCAGCCCCGGAAUGUGACCAUCGCUGAGCGCGACUGCCUUUUUCUCGAGUGCCGGGCUGAGGGGAACCCCCCUCCACAGUACCAGUGGUACCACAACAAGCAGCCUCUGCUACUAGCAACUGCUACUAGCAAACCCAGCCUCGAGAUUCGCGCUGUGACCACUGCUGACCGUGGGAAGUAUAGCUGCAGAGUAUAUAAUCUCUACCAUGAGGUCUGGAGUGAGCAGGUCCACGUGGAGAUUGGUCCUGGUUCGCUCUCCUGGGAUGAUGAUGAUGAAGUGAGAGGUUUCCCUCCUGCCAGGCAGCUCAGUCAUUUCUAUGCCACAGACAAGGUGGCCCUCCUCAUGGGCAACAUGAACUAUCAGUACCACCGGCAGCUACGGGCACCCAUGGCCGACGUGCACGAGCUCACCAACCUGCUGCGCCAGCUGGACUUCAAAGUGGUCUCUCUACUGGACCUAAACCGGCAGGAGAUGCACAGCGCUGUGACCGAGUUCCUGCUCCUGCUUGACCGCGGCGUGUAUGGAUUGCUGUACUUUGCGGGCCAUGGCUAUGAGAACUACGGGAACAGCUUCAUGGUUCCCAUUGACGCCCCUGCCUCCUACACCUCGGAACACUGUCUGUGGGUGCAGGACGUGCUGCAGCGCAUGCAGGAGCGCGAGACGGGCCUCAACGUCUUUCUGCUGGACAUGUGUCGCAAACGAAACCUGAAUGAUGACAUCAUCCCACAACCUGGGCCCCUGAAAGUGACAGCCAACAUUGUGUUUGGCUAUGCCACCUGUGUGGAUGCUGAGGCCUACGAGGUCAAUAAGGAUGACCUGUCCAAUGGGAUCUUCAUCAGCUUCCUUAAAACGCGCCUCCUUGCAGAGGAGAAGGUUACAGUCAUGCUGGACAGGGUGGCUGAAGAUAUGGGCCAGUGUGAGAUCACGCGCGGGCGCCAGGCUCUGGAGCUCCGCAGCAACCUGUCGGAGCGCCGGGCCCUGACCGACCGCAUUCAGAGCUCCGACUGCCCCGUGGCCACGUCGGCCCGGAACCUGCAGUGGGCCAUCGCGCACGUGCUCCCAGAAAGCCGGUUCCUGCUCUUUGAAUGUGGGGUGAAGGUGCAGCUGGGCUUUGCUGCCGAGUUCUCCAACAUCAUGAUCAUUUACACUCGCAUAUUGGAUCAGCCCCAGGACAUUAUCUCCUGUACUGCCCAGCUCUCUGACUUCUCUGAGGGUGUGGAUGUGGAUUUGAAGCUGACCAAUCAGGAGACUCCCCAGGAUGCAGGCAGUUUGCUGUUUACUUUGGAGACUGUGGACCGGCCAGAGGUCCCAAGACUCUAUACCCGCCUCAGAGCCCUGCAAAGACUCAAGAAGGAACUUAAGUUCACAGUGUGCCUUCAUUACCAAUACUCCAAUAUGGACGAAGAGGUGCAUGAAAAGCAAACGGUCACCGUAGGUAAACCACUGGUAGCUAAACUCAACCUCCACGAGCCACGACUGCCACGCUCCUUCUCAGCGUCCUCCUCCAGCGAUCUUCACACCUUCAGCAUACCGGAGUCCUCCUCUUUCCCAGAAGGCUUGGAAUCUAGUGUCCUGGCCUCAGAGACUUCCUCCCUCGGCUCCGCCUCUACCUGCUGGUCCUACUUCUCACAGACAGGAGAGGCUGCUGGUAAUGUAAAGCAGGUCAAUGUGCCUGAGGAGACCUUCAGCCCUGAGUUUCUUGACUCAGAUCAGCCCCAGCCACUCUAUGCUGAUUGCAAGAGCCUGCCACAUGACCAUUUAGAGGACCUGUCAGCUCAGUUCCGUACAAAACAGAAUUUCAAAUCCUGCUAGACUUUGGUUAUGUAAAAGUAUCUGUUGUUUCACUCUUUGUUUUCCCUCCUGGUUUUAUUUAUAAAUGUAACUGACAUUUACUACAGAUUGUUACUACCACAAUUAUAGAGUAAAAAUGUAGAAAUAUAAUGGAUUUUUAUGCUACUAAGGGAUUAGAGGGCAGCAGCACCUGCCAGUGCCACUCAAACCUGCUGCUUAACACUUUUACUGUUGUGAAGCUUUUGGUUGGAUGGUAAUUAUGGCAGUAAUAAUAUAGUCAUUUAGAAAUGACAUUUUGUGUCUGUGUAAAGACAGAUGAGGCUCUUGUUGUAGGCUUGGAGGAGUAUUUUGCUAAUUAAACGAACAGAUGUACCUGCAUCCUGUCUGUAAGUGAAUUUGUCCAGCAAAUUCAUAAUAAAUGUGAUAUUAAAGAGAAUGAUAGCACAAAACCAA